UAAAGUCCCACAAUGCACUUUUGUUUACGCGGAAGUCGGUGUUGCGCGUGCGCAGAACGUGUGGAAAGCGUGCGAAAAAGGAACCGGCAAGAGAAAGAGAUGGCUUCGACACUUCCCAUGAACCCUAAACCCUUCCUGAAUGGGUUAACAGGAAAACCAGUCAUGGUGAAACUAAAGUGGGGAAUGGAGUAUAAAGGAUACUUAGUUUCAGUAGACGGAUACAUGAAUCUUCAGCUUGCAAAUACAGAAGAAUAUAUUGAUGGAGCUUUAUCAGGCAAUCUUGGAGAAGUUCUCAUUAGGUGUAAUAAUGUAUUAUACAUCAGAGGUGUAGAGGAAGAAGAUGAAGAGGGAGAGAUGAAAGACUAGCAAAAGUUUUUUUUUAUUUUUACCAAAGACUCAUGUUCUGAAAGUUGCUCUUUAUCUGCUGGAGACAUCAUUUCAUUAAACGUCAAAGAAAAAAAGAGCAGAAUGUUCAACUUAGUGUGCUGAUUGUUUUAGGCAUCUAUUUCAUGAUGCUCCAGCAGUGGCAUUUUUAAUUGAAAAAUGUACACAUUACAAUUGUUUUAUAAAAUUCGUCCCAUGCAGUAUAGUCAUUUCAUUUUUCUUUGUUAAUUUUCAAAGACUUCCUUAAAGCAAAAUGUUUGCAUUCCAUGAAUUCAGAACUGUAGUUGACACAGUCUUCUAUAUAGACAGAUUGAAACCAAUUUCAUGGUUAUUAGUUGAAAAGUUGGAUUAUUGAUAUUGAUGAACUAAAAUUAAUGGCAAAAGCAUUGUCAUCUGUAUGUUACUGUAAAUAUUCUGCUUAAUUGAUUCAAAGUGGGUACUUCAUAAUGAUCAUGUGCUUUGAAAGUGACAAUGGAGCCACACCGAAGUGUGUAUGCAAGUCUAGGGGCAAAUUGGUAAGCAUUCAUUCCCAUUCCUAUUGGACAGCAGAAGCCUGCUUGUGGAUGGUAGUUUUCAAAAAAACCUGAGAAACUUUUAAUGGGUUGUUAAGAUUUUCCCGUUUCUGCACAUUCUUAAGUCCUGGUGUAUUGUAAAGACAAGUGAGCUGAACAGUUUGACUAACAGUCAAGAUUGCGUCAAAUGACAGUGUUCUGUGAAGCAAAUCUCCUUAGGAAUAUCAAGGAUAUAAACCUGAGAAAUUGCUUAAUUGGCAAGUCUGUAUUGUUGACCUGUAAUUACAGCAUUGUUGUAAAAUACAAUAAUUAGGGUAGACAUUGCUUUUAACUUGUCACCCAGCAGUUCCAAAAUAAAACUUUUUAUAGUA